CACGAGCGACCAAUGAAUGUAAGCACCGGUAAUAUUUGAACAACAAGCCUUUCGUGAAAACAUACCAGUAUCGCUAACGUUAAAGUAAUUUAACAUGGAUGCUGUUAGCGCGGAACAUACGAAACUAUACUUUUAUGAAAAUAGAUUACAAACUUAUUCGGGAUGGCCAUUUGAGGAGGACUGCAUUUGCACUCCGGAGAAUAUGGCUAAAGCUGGCUUUAUUCACACGCCCACCGAGAAUAGUCCGGAUGUAGCGCAAUGCUUUUUCUGCUACAAAGAACUGGAGGGAUGGGAGCCUGAAGAUGACCCAGUGAAGGAACACAAAUCACAUUCCCCUGCCUGCAAUUUCAUCUUGCUAGAGAAGUCAGUAAAUGAACUCACAGUGGAAGAACUACUCAAAUUGCAGAAGGAACGACAGAAAUAUCUCAUUAAAAAGACCUGCAAUCAAGUAAUUGAAAAAUUUGAAGAAGCUGCGAAAAAAAGAAGAGGGGACAUUGUCAAAAAGGCAAUAGAUGUAUGAGCGGGUCAUUUGCGCUGUUGAUUUUGUUUUUUGUUAGCGGCGUGUUGUCUAUCUAUGUCCAAUAUUUGUGGAACUCCCUGUUAUUUUAUUGUUGUGUAUAGUAAUCUAUGUAGUCAUUGUUAACUGCUUACACUUAAAAUAAUUUUUAACACAAUGAGUAUCUAGGUCUGGGAAGUAACAGGAGCACUUGUAUUUUUCCAGAGCUGAUAUUCUAUGUCAUUUCUAGCACUGCAAAAAAAAGAUUGAAUCUGCUCUUUUGCAUGGUUAUUUUUUUUUAGUAAAAAAUUGAGCAUAUGUGCAGAUUCAAACAUUACAUUGCUUGAAUAUACCAUUAUGUUCAUGUUUAAGAAAGCUGAGUAAAAGACUGUCUUAUAGCAAUACAUCUAUAGAACACUACCACAUGCGAGUUAUAAAUUAACAAUCAAUGACCAGCUUAAUCGUUAUCGCCAUGUUGACUCAUACCUACACACCUAUGCAAUAUGCACCAUGUAA